CACUGGCACGACCUAAAGCCGGCCACCGCGCCAGCAACGCCUUCUGUGGCCGAGUCAAGGUUGCGGUGGGCCGGCAAAUAUCAAAGACCGCUGUUUCCCUUUGCUCGACCCUGACCCGUCCCUCCAAACACUGUAGUGAGCGCAAACCGUUUGGGGUCGUUCGAGUGCAGCAUUCGUACCUCGAUACAAUUUGAUUGCCACCGCCGCGUGACCUUUUUGCGUGCGGGAACAUCUGGACUAUCUGCCGCUUUAGAGGUUGCAGCAAAAUGGCGAGCGCCGUGAAGAAGCCGCCGGCGACAGGCCGCGAGACGCCGACAGGAACACCGCAGCGCCCGGCUCCCAAAGCAUCGACACCAUCGUCAAGUAGCAGCCCGGCGGCCGGUGCUGGCGUGGCGCGCACCCGCUCGACUCGCACUGGGACACCCGUGUCGGCCCGCGCUGCCGCCCAUCAGCGACGCGAAUCAAUGCUGAGCAAUGGCACCACCGUGAACGGCAGGGGCAGUGCCUCGCCCGACAUCGAACGCGAAGAGGCUAUCCGCGCUGAGACAGUUGCUAUAAUCGACGACCUGAAAGAGCGGCUCGCCCAUGCCGAGUCGGCAUCCGAGUCGUACAAGAGGCAGACCGAGGUGUUGCAGAGCAAGCUGGACGAUGCGCUCAAGGAGCAGGCCAAGCUGGAGGAAAAGGUGCACGAGAACGAGGAGCAGAUUGAGGUCCUGACCAACGAGAAACGCGAGGCGGCCCGCCAGAUGCGCGAGAUGGAGACCAUCUACGAGGCCGAGCGGAGCGCCAUGAUGAAGGAGAAGGAGGAGAUGGCCAACCGCGAGGAGGAAAUGCAGGCCGUCAUCCAAAGGCUGAAGGACAGUCUGGCGCAGAGGAACCUUGAUGAAGACAGACCAACCAGGCAAUCGGUGAACAACUCGCCAAGCAUUGACAACGGCAGUUUUGCACCUCCGUCCUCGAUCCAGCGCAGCGACUCGCGCAACAACUCCAAACUGUUGCUGCAAAAGGACAAGCUGAUCGAAUCGCUGAGGCUCGAGCUGGCCGAGGCGCAAAUCAAGCUGGUCGAGUCGCAAAACCAGGGCGGAGGCCGCCUGCAGGAGGUGGAGCGCCAGUUGAUGGAAGCCCGGGUGGCCAACGCCCGGUUGAUGGAGGACAACGAGAGCUACCAACUGCUGCUGCAGGACAGGACGCUCAAGGGAGACUUUGCCACCAACGACUUCGCCUACUCGGGCGGCGCGUCCGCCAACCAAGACGCCCUAGCUGCAUUGGAGGGUAGGAGCAGCGGCACCAGCUUGGCCGACGAGCUCUCGGAUGCCCACGACGACUCGGCCCCCGAACACGACACCGAGACGCAACGGCGCCUGGAGGCGGAGCUGAAAUCGGUUAAGGACCAGAACAAAGCCCUGACUCUCUACAUCAACAAGAUCAUUGAGCGCCUGCUGCAGCACCAAGGCUUCGAGCACAUACUCGACCAAGCGAACGACAAUAAGUCGGCGCCGCCAAACACCAACAAGGACCUCCCCCCUCCCCCUCCCCCGAAGCCCGCCCCGGGGCCAUCCCUCCUCCAGCGCGCCAAGUCCAUGGCCAUCGGCGGCGGCAGCAGCUCCGCGGCGAAACCCAAGCCCCGCCCGAUGACCUUCAUGCCCUCGGCCAACAACAACAGCAACCAAUCCUCGGCCAUCAGCAACCCAGACACGGCGCCCAGCAUCCCCAUCGGCUUGACCCGCUCCGCCAGCACCCGCGUCCGCAGCCGGCCCAUGAGCGAGCAGUACACGUCCGGUCUCCCAGGCGCCGCCAGCAUCGUCAACGCAAUGUACAAAGGGCCGUCAGCCGCGUCCGACGGCCCGCUCUCCCCAAGCCUCCGCUCCAGCGGGACCUAUUUCUCCCUACCGGGUAACCGCGCCAGUACAGGCGGGAAUUUCCCGGGUAUGAAAUCCGAGACAAGCAGCACUUCGGGCGAUUCGGUGAGUGCCAAUACGACUGCCACGGGAACAACGGGAGAAGUAAGCAGCCCCGCGCCCAGCAUCGGCAUGAGCAGCCCGCCUCGCAGCGAGAAGGAGAAGACUACGACGUUUGCGGGAAAUAAGCCCCGGCCGCUGAGGCUGGUGCAGGAGAAGGAGGAUGCUGCGGCGGCGGCGGCGAGUGCGAGUAACAAGCGGCAGAGCUGGUUUGGCGGGUGGGCGGUGGCGAGUGCGUUUGGGAAGAAGGAGGAUGGUGGUGGUGGGGGGACUGGAGAGGUUAUCAAGGAGUGAAGCGAACGUGUUGUGCGUGUGUUUGCAGUGAGGUGAUGUGGGGUUGAGGAAGGGGGAAUAGGAUGAUGUCGUGCGGUGUCCUUGGUAUAUUUCUUAACGGUGACGAUGAGGGGAUGACCUAGCUCACUGCCAAGAUAUGUGUGAUGGAUAGAGCGAUGGAAGGGGGGAAGCAACACGUCAUGGCAUUGUGAGGAAUCGGCCUGAGCUUCUUAUUCGCUUGUCUUGCGUUACUUGUCUUUGAUGUUUUGGUCUGGUGGAGGGAAAACGAUCAUGUCCCGUGAUCCCCGCUGAUGUAUGCUCCCGAGUCCUUGAUGAUUGAUGCCGCCUGCUGCUUGCAUAGGAUAUACGACGAUAUCAUGGAUAGGAUGGAUAGAUGGAUAGGUUUCUAUGUCCAAUAUGU